AAAGCAACCCGCUUUAUUUGACAGCCUUGCCACAUCGAGAAUUUAGGAAUAUUAGAAUUUUCCAGAGCAGACCAACGCGCUUAUAAGUAAAGGUACCAUCGUACGCCAUCAUUAUUCGUAUUACAAGUGCCAGUUUGAUCGAACGUCUGAGUGUCGACUCGGCAGAAAUAAAUUUAAGUGGAACAAAGAAGUGAAGUAGCAAUUAAACGGUUAUCCCAUAUAUUUAGUACAUUCUAAUCAAAUAAUACACAAAGAUGUCUAAAGCACCAGCUGUCGGUAUUGAUUUGGGCACAACCUACUCCUGCGUGGGUGUGUUCCAGCAUGGCAAGGUUGAAAUCAUUGCCAACGACCAGGGUAAUCGUACGACACCAUCGUAUGUUGCCUUCACGGAUACGGAGCGUUUGAUCGGUGAUGCCGCCAAAAAUCAGGUGGCCAUGAACCCAACUCAAACGAUCUUCGAUGCUAAGCGUCUGAUUGGUCGCAAGUUCGAGGAUUCGGCCGUGCAGUCCGAUAUGAAGCACUGGCCCUUCGAAGUUGUCAGCGUUGAUGGCAAGCCCAAGAUUGAGGUUACGUACAAGGACGAGAAGAAGACCUUCUUCCCCGAGGAGAUCUCCUCCAUGGUGUUGACCAAAAUGAAGGAGACCGCCGAGGCGUAUCUGGGCAAGACGGUGACCAAUGCCGUGAUCACUGUGCCAGCCUACUUCAACGACUCACAGCGUCAAGCGACCAAGGAUGCUGGCACCAUUGCCGGCCUGAAUGUAUUGCGUAUUAUCAACGAGCCAACUGCCGCUGCCAUUGCCUAUGGCCUCGACAAGAAGGCGGUGGGAGAGCGUAAUGUGUUGAUUUUCGAUUUGGGCGGUGGUACUUUUGAUGUUUCCAUUCUGUCGAUUGAUGACGGCAUCUUCGAGGUCAAAUCUACGGCCGGUGACACCCAUUUGGGUGGUGAGGACUUUGACAAUCGUCUAGUCACUCACUUUGUGCAGGAGUUCAAGCGCAAGCACAAGAAGGAUCUGACCUCCAACAAGCGUGCUCUGCGCCGUCUGCGCACCGCUUGCGAGCGUGCAAAGCGCACACUUUCUUCCUCCACCCAGGCGAGCAUUGAGAUUGACUCGCUGUUCGAGGGCACCGAUUUCUAUACCUCAAUCACUCGUGCCCGUUUCGAGGAGCUGAACGCUGAUCUGUUCCGCAGCACCAUGGACCCCGUGGAGAAGGCUCUGCGCGAUGCCAAGCUGGACAAGUCGGCCAUUCACGAUAUUGUGUUGGUCGGUGGCUCCACGCGUAUUCCCAAGGUGCAGCGCCUGCUGCAGGAUCUGUUCAAUGGCAAGGAGCUGAACAAGUCUAUCAAUCCCGAUGAGGCUGUUGCUUACGGUGCUGCCGUCCAGGCUGCCAUCUUGCACGGCGACAAGUCGCAGGAGGUGCAGGAUCUCUUGCUGCUCGAUGUUACCCCAUUGUCGUUGGGCAUUGAGACCGCUGGUGGCGUGAUGAGCGUGCUCAUCAAGCGCAACACCACCAUUCCCACGAAGCAGACGCAGACCUUCACCACCUACUCGGACAAUCAGCCCGGUGUGUUGAUUCAGGUGUACGAGGGUGAGCGCGCCAUGACCAAGGACAACAAUCUGUUGGGCAAAUUCGAGCUGUCGGGCAUCCCACCCGCACCCCGUGGCGUCCCCCAGAUUGAGGUGACCUUCGACAUUGAUGCUAACGGUAUCCUGAAUGUGACUGCCCUGGAACGUUCGACCAACAAGGAGAAUAAGAUCACAAUCACCAAUGACAAGGGUCGUCUCUCCAAGGAGGACAUUGAGCGCAUGGUCAACGAGGCCGAGAAGUACCGCAACGAGGAUGACAAGCAGAAGGAGACGAUCUCUGCCAAGAACGGCCUGGAGUCUUACUGCUUCAACAUGAAGGCCACCCUCGAUGAGGAGAACCUGAAGAGCAAGAUUGCCGAUUCGGACCGCACCACUAUCAUGGACAAAUGCAACGAGACGAUCAAGUGGCUGGAUGCCAAUCAGCUGGCCGAUAAGGAGGAAUACGAGCACCGCCAGAAGGAGCUGGAGGGCGUAUGCAAUCCAAUCAUCACCAAGCUCUACCAGAGUGCUGGUGGUGCUCCUGGUGGCAUGCCCGGUGGCAUGCCUGGCGGUAUGCCUGGCGCAGGUGGUGCUCCUGGCGCUGCUGGUGCCGGCGGCGCUGGCCCCACCAUCGAGGAGGUCGAUUAAUCAACUCACCCACACUAUCCACAACCACACAAUAAACCAAUUAUACAUCAAUCUACACUUUACACACGUAUUUAACUUGGAUUCUAAAUUAGGAAACACACAACAACCACCAAGAACAACUGACAACUGCUCUUGAAAGUUAUAUUAUAAUAAUACAACUGCAACAUAAAAUUCCUAAAAAAAAAGAAGAAAAAACCAAAACACUGCUCUUAAAUUAAGAUAAUACAUAUAUAUUAUAUUAUUAUCAUCAUACAUCGAUCGAUCAUCCAAACAAUAUUGCUUAACUUGAAUAAACUACAUCAAUUUGAGAAAUGCAAAUUUA